GGGGCUUGGGGAGCCGUUGGCGCCGCCCCUUCUCUCUUCAGGCGCGGAGAGCGUUGAGGCGGGAGCGGGUUUGGCGCGGGGGGCAGGUGGUGCCUGGUCAGUCGCUCUCAGGUAGGUGGUGCUAGAACACCUGCUGUAUGGAAUCUUGUUCUGUAAUAUGGGGGAAGAGGAAGGACUACAGCAGACGCAAUUAUUGGACACAAUGUUUGUACGCGGACUGAAGAGAAAAUGUGUCGAUGGAGAGGAAGAUAUCGAAGGAACUUUAGCUGGCUUUAAAGCGAUUCCUUCGUACAACCUCCAGCGGCAGUCGCUGCUGGACAUGUCUCUGGUUAAACUUCAGCUGUGUCACAUGCUUGUCGAACCUAAUCUCUAUCGCUCUGUGCUCAUAGCCAAUACGGUGCGGCAGAUCCAAGAGGAGAUGACCCAAGAUGGGACUUGGCAGAUGAUAAGCGCCCAGAGUACAGGACCGUCCUCUUUGGACCGUCUGGUUUCAACAGACAUUCUCUGCCGUUCUUCAAAGGAGCAAUCUGAAGAAAAGCUGGUCCAAGGGUUUAGUGGCUUCUCAAAAGACUUUGAAGACGCGCAGUUACAAGGGAGUGCAGAAAUCUUAAGACCUGCUCCAGUGCAAGCUCCCAGAGACUUUCAGAAUAAUAUCUGGGAAAUGGAGUGCCCUGCAGAAAACAGAGGAAGCUUCCAUAAGUCGUUAGAUCAGAUAUUUGAAACCUUAGAAACAAAAACGCCUGAUUCUGUCGAAGACCUUUUUUCAGAAGUCGACAGCUCCUAUUACAACCUUGACACAGUAUUAACAGGGAUGAUGGGCAGUUCGAAAAUGGGACACUGCGAUGUGCUCGAAACGUUUCCUCAAGCGAGCACCAGUUCUAACUCUAGCUGUAAAUCCGACCUUAACGAGCUUGACCAUUUUGUGGAGAUCCUGGUUGAGUCUUGAGGCGGAGGGGGCGAGAGCAACGCCCUUUGAGGAAGCCGGAUCUUGAGUAGCAAAACUUUUGCAGAUAGCUUGUUCUCUCAGAGCUGCAUAUGAUCCCCCCAGCAAAAAGCCCUUCAUUUAUCAAAGCUGUAUUAAUGUAUAAAAUUAACCUGCAAUUUGUAAUGUCUGAUCUGUAAGUAUGUAUUUUCUAACGGCCACAAUUCAGAGAGGCACACUGGGCACAAGUUGGUGCCUAGCGGGGCUUCAGAUUGCCACUUUAAUAUAGCAGUCUCCCCCCCCCCCCCCCCCCCGGGCCAUGUCCCAAACUGCUAAGAAAGCUCCUUGGUGCUUCACUAGUGGCUGAACAUCUCCAAAGGGCUGAUCACACCUGUUCCCUGUAUCAUCCCCGCAAUCUCCAUCCCCCCUCCCCACCCUUGGGUCCCAACCCUUUUGAAAGCUAGAUUAGUUUGCUAAUCCCUUCUAGCCUUUAGAAAAGACUUAAAAUAUCACAACAGUAUUUCUUCUCUGUUGAUGAUCUUGUCUUCCAGAAAGUUUUACAUGUUGGGGAGGCUCCGUGUACGAAAGGGAGGUGUGAAGUUCUCAGUCUAAGCCUAAAUCCAGUCCAGCUGUUAUCUAGAAGAAAAACUUUUAGCGUCCUUUCGUAUUUCCACUGUUUCAGCGGACUUGAGCAAUCUACCUUUUGAGCUCAGUGGUCUGAGGAGCCAACUCUUGGCUUGCCUCCUUAACUCCAGGGAAAUACUUCCCUGACUUAUAUCCUUCUUUAUUUACCACCCAGCUCCUGAAGAGCCAAAAGCCAUGAUUCCCAGUAUCCUAGCUCAUUCCAACCUCCCCUCCCCAAGUCAUUCUUAUUUUCUGGGGUUUUUUUUAAAAAAAAAAAUAGGUAAUAGUUUUUAAAAAUGUUUAUCAGUGUUCAGAAUUUUUCAGCUAUUUUCUGAAGAUAUAUUUUUGCUACAGAUCUUCCGUCAACUGCUUAUUUAGUAUCCUGAUGUAUUUGCAGUUGUAUUUUUAAAAUCACUUUGACAAAGGGAUUUAAAAACCCCCCCACACACACACCUUGCCACAGGCCUCCCUUAGGUAAGUAGAUGUGUGUAAAUACACAAUGUAGGAUCCAGCUGUUGGCGUUCCAUCAUAAAGAGUGUAGGGUGUGCUUAAGGGAGUGAAGAGAGUUAUGCUUGAUACAGCUCUUACACAGACAUCGGAGGAGCUCUGCACGAGCCCUCAAUGCGUUUGCGGUUCAGUCCAAGCCGUGUUUCUAGUUACCUUCAAGCACAGAUGUGUCAGUUUUAUUUAUAUAUAUUUAUAUCAUCCAGUGAAUGUUUGUGAAGUCUAUCAUCGUCCUCGCUCUGUUCGGGAAAACAAAUGUACCUUAUCUUGCACUAACUUACCAGACUGUUACAGAAGUCUUUCAAGAGCGUUCACUAAAAUGAAUUUUUCUCCCAUCUGCCUCAAGGUUGUAAAUGCUUGUUUCAGUUGAACCUUGGUUAACGGAAGUCCUAGCAGUCGGUUAGUAUUCAGUUCCAAAAAGAGAAAAGCUGCCACCUGCCUGAGCAUACGUAAACUGUCUUCUCAUUAAAAAAAAAAACGGGUUCUGGUGAAAAGAUGGAUGUAAUAACGCUUGCAAUAAAAACAGAUGCCAGUUUUUAUAUAAGUAAAAGGAAAGAUAACGAUGUGGUGGGGAAAGAGCUACGAGUACUCUUCAGUCUUUUGAGACUUAUUUUAAUGAGGGUUUUUUCCUAUUUGUUUUUUGGCUGCUGAAUAAUUUUAGCCACUUCUAACCCGAAUUUGCAGUGCCCAGAUUUGGAGGAAUCAUUUUGGGUUUUUUUACCUGAUAUCUGAUUUUACAUGAACUUCCAAACAUUGGGAGGUCUCAGCUCCCAGCACAGAAAGUCUCAAAUGCUGCACUAUUUUUCUGGAAAUGGAAUUGCUAAGAGUCAGUAAAGGAGAGCCAUUGGGCAAGCAUUCCCACCAUAUACAGCCAGAAGCAUCUCUUCAAAACAUAAAGAUCCUUGUCUUGUGUACACAUCACUAACUGUCUUUUGUCUUAAUUUAGGCUGCAGCGUUAAACCCUUUUGCGUAACCAGCCUCUCCUGGGCUUAAUGGGGCUGCUUACAUGGAACUGGUUUCUAGACUGUGGCCUUAAUCGUUUUAAGUGCUUUUGAAGCAACUGACUUGAAAAUGGCAUUGUAGGUUUUCCAGUCUAGGCAGAUAAAAUGCCUAUUUCUGUAACUUGCGUUUUGUGUCAGACUAUGUGGUUUGUAAAGGGGACCUUUAUAAAGCCUUGGAAAAUGAUUAAUGUCUUUUUAUAUUAAAGUUGAGUAUAAAGAGA